UAGGAACCGAAGGGAAGGAAACGACUCGGAAUGAAGAGGUUAAAGGAGGAGUUUUGGAAAAUGCAUGCAUGAGUUCAAGUGAAGAGGAGACCAAGACUAUAGAGGGGUAUCGGGAUAAGUUUAAUGACACCCUUUCUUCGAUAAGUAGUGAGGCUGCUCCGUUGUGACAGAGGUGAAGCUCUGAGGAUGCUAGCUUCGCAUGAAUAGAUUGAGGAAAUAUCUAUCUUUGCACUUCUUGUGAAGAUUUGGUUCAUUCCUUAGGAGUUUAUGAAAACCACAAACGAGUUAAAGCUUCAGAAUUUAGCCUUGAGUUGCAGGCGACCUCUAAGAACAUCAACUCUGAGAUUGAAGUUGUUCCUCUAGACCAGCCGGCCUUGACGCAGAGGGAAAAAGAAGUUGUAAUCCGUCUGAAGGAGAAAUUAGAUAGGCUACAGACUCAUAGCUCAGAGAUUGGUUUACAAAGAUAUUCAGAAAGCAAAGAUCUAGUUGGCCAAUCAGAUGCAAGAGAGGUAGACGAGCAAGGAGGUGUAUUGAUGAAACUUAAGCAUAAGCAGAGAGAAAUAGAAAGCAGCUAUGAUGCAUCAGUGAAAGGAUUGAAGCACAGUAUGGACUUUGUCCGGCUUGUCAUUAAUAACCGUCAGAAACAGCUUGAGGCUAAGUUAGAGGAAAUGAAAUCCCAAAAAGACUUGGUUAUUUCUUCUAGUAUAAAUGAGAUUAGUAAGGUGAAAGAUCAAAUACAAAAGAUAUCCAAGAAGAUUGAGAAAGCGAUUGCUAGACCAAGCUCUUUCCAAGCUGAAGAUGAGAUUAAAGUUGAUAAAGAAUUAGAAGACUUGGAUAUAAUGAUUUCUUCUGAUUCUUUAAAUGAACCCGAAAUUGAGCUUGACUUCCCAAAAAUUUUAGACCUCUCCUCCAUUGAGGGCGUGUUUGAACAACUCUCUUUCCAGAGCUCAACUUAUGACAAAGGAAAACCAGAUCUUUUUAUCGAGCAACGAUUUGACCAAGAAGAAAGUAAGGAUGAUGAGGAAUCCAAAGCAGAGGAAAUUCAGUUAGAAUCAUGAAGAAAAUUGAGUAAAGGAUCUUCCCUUCUUGUUAGGAAAGACAAGCUCCUUAUAAAAGACACUAAAGCAGGAGUUGCUAACUAUAUCUCCAAUUCUGAGACCCCUACCUCCACUAAGGGGAGGCCGAGGAAGAACUUUAAGAAUAGUUUAUCAAGACCUCUCACAAGAACAAUGUCUUCAUACGGACAAAAUAAAGAAGAAGCCAAAACCAAAGAGAAAGGAUACAUGAGAGGUGGCUCAACCUCCUCUUCAAGGCAGAAGUUAUACAAGAACUCAAAGAAUAUGAUUGGUGGAUCUAGAGAGAUAGGGAGUCAUUCCAGUAGAUAUAAACCAAAGUCUAAGGAUCGGAGGGAAGACAACAUCCACUCCUUCGUGGCUAACGAUUCUAGUGCUAAUUUAUUAAAGCAAAGUGAGAGUGCUCGCAAUGGAGGCAACUCUAUUAGCGCAGACAACCAGCCGGUAGUUCAAAUUGAUGAGGAGGAAGAGAAAAGGCUUAUAGAUGAGAACCCAAUGAGGAAAAGAGUUUUCCUCAACGUUUCGAAAACUUCAACUUCAGUUCAAGUUUCUUGGACUCAUUCUAGUAAGAAUAAAUCUGUCAAAAGAGUGCAAUAUAUCCUUGAGUAUGGAGUAGGAAUCAAGAUGAAUGGAGAAGAGCAGUUUAGAAUGAUUUAUAAGGGCAAAGCCCACAAAUGCAUCAUUACAGAUCUCAUGCCAAGGACAGCUUACCAUUUCAAAGUAGUUCCUUUUCAGACCGAUGAGGAUGGUAAAGAGAUUCUUGGUGAAUGAAGUGAUAUCAAAUUAAUUAAUACAUACGACAACCAGGAUAUUCACUCUUCAACUCUAGGCCAUCAUGCUAGUAUAGUCAUGAAGAAGCAAGAGAAAUGGAUAAAUUUUGAUAAGCAAGGUCUGGUUACCGCUCAGUACGGUUAUUCAUAUGGAAACCAAAUGUGGAAAGUUACAAUCGACUGUAUAAAUCACUAUAAUCUCUAUAACGAGGAUUUUACAGGCUUGAUGCAUAUAGGAGUGGUAAAUGAAAAGGCAAGAUCAAAUAAAAUCUACGGAUCAGUCAUCCCAUAUUCUUUACAGAAAGGGAAAGUCAAGGUAAAGGUCUUACUCGAAACUGAGAAGCAAAGAGUUACCAUUUUCACCAGUGCCACUUCCAGAAAAGGAGAAACUAUCAGCGAUCUCCCGAAGGGAGGUAUGUUUGUGCCUGCGAUCUUCAACAAGACUCAGAAAAAUGAUAGAAAUCUAAAGAUCUUGGCCAAAUUCAACUUUGAGCAGCCAAUUAUGUCAUAAUUGUAAGUUUGCUCCAAACUUCAAGGAUUAUUUACUAAAUCUUUAGUAAAAUUAAUUAUUCGCAGGUUUCUUCAUUAAGUCGUUAUUUACUAAACCCAAUCUGAAUUUAGGCAUAUUCUUCUAAGAGCAUCUCACAGGCUUAAAUUUAGCUAUAUGAGUGCUAUAUCAAAGUGCUGUUAAUGACAUACAAUUUUCUUGGAAUUUAAGAAGGACUAAUUUAAAGAGACUCUGGCAUUUCCAUUAACUUCCAUAGCAAAGGUUUUCGGUUGAUUUUAGCCUAAAUCUUCAUAUU